GCGAUCGCCGCGAUUUCAGUUCACAUUCCGACGAGCUCGGAGAAGUCUCAAGUGCGAAUCAAGCGGAGCAGGAGACGCCCAUCAACAAUUUAUGUGACGACCAUGGCUGUCAUCAUCAGCUGCCUAUUACUUUUCCUGGCGUCAGUGUCGCAGGCCAAAACCUUGGGUUACGAUGCCGCUGCCGAUCGCAAUUUGCUGGCCGCCGAUCUCUACAAUGCGGUGGGCGCCGAUCAUCUGAACGAGAAUCUGGUCAUCUCGCCGGCAACGAUCCAGAGCUCCAUGGCGUUGGCCUUCGUGGGGGCCAAAGGUCAGACGGCGACGGAGCUGCAGCAGGGAUUGCGCCUUGGGCCCGGUGAUGCGGAUGCGGUGAGCCAGCGGAGUGGUAGCCACCAGCAGUCCCUAACCCGCGACAACAACUUCCGCCUGGCCAACAACAUCUACAUCAACGAGAACCUGGAGUACAAGGGAUCGUUCCGGGACGUGGCCCAGCGCCAGUUCGACUCGACCAUCGACAAGCUGGACUUCCAUCCGCCGUACAACAAGCGCACGGCGGACGGAAUCAACCGGGUGGUGGCCACCAAGACGAAUGGGAAGAUCACGGACAUCCUCCGCUCCGAGCUGCUCAACGAUCGCACCGAGGGAGUGAUCGUGAACGGGGUCUCCUACUCCGCCGCCUGGCAGAAGGCCUUCCGGCUGGACAAGACCGAGAAGCGAUCCUUCCGCACCGGAAACGGGCAGUCCGUGAAGGUGGACACCAUGUGGACCCUGCAGAACUUCAACUACGCGGAGGUGAACUCCCUGGACGCCAAGGUAGUGGAGCUGCCCUACCAGAACCCCGACUUCUCCAUGCUCCUGUUGCUGCCCAAUCGCAAGGACGGCUUGAGAUCCCUGCAGCAGUCGCUGUCCGGCAAGAAUCUUCUGGCCGAGAUCGGGGCGAUGAGCCAACACAAGGUUGAGGUGCUGCUGCCCAAGUUUAGCGUCACUUUUGGAGUGGGCUUGGAGGGACCUUUCAAGAAGUUGGGCGUCCACACCAUGUUCUCGAGGGACGGCGACUUUGGCAACAUGUACCGCAUGUUUGUUAGCCAUUUUAUCAACGCAGUGGAGCACAAGGCCAAUGUGGAGGUCACUGAAGCGGGUCUUGAACAGCCCCUGGAAACUGGCUUGCUAAAGGGCCUCUUCUCGCGUUCCAAGAAGUUCGAGGCAGAUCAUCCGUUUGUGUUUGCCAUAAAAUACAAGGACUCGAUCGCCUUCAUCGGACACAUUGCCAACUAUGCUUAUGUCUAAAGCCAACUUCUGAAACCGUGUUUAAUAUUCUGUUAACUAUUUUGAUUAUAACACGCUCAAAAAAGAAGCAAAAUAAAAGCUAAAUGCAAAAUGCCAA